AUAUAUCAUAUGGAAACAUCGAGUACUUUCGAUAUAUCGAUGAUAUUUGAUUUAACAUCCCUAUCCUGUCAUGCACAAACUGGAAGUUUGAUACACGUCAUAGUUUGCAAAGGUUAUUUUCUAAAAAUGAAAAUGAAGCUACCUUUACUUUUUACGGUAGUCUUAUACUUAUCAGCAGCUUUUGCUGAUCAGGAAACGUUAGUUUUAGUUGACAAUCUAAAUGUAAGAGAGACUCACUCACAGUUUUUCAAGUCUCUUCAAGAUCGAGGCUACAGUCUUACGUAUAAACUAGCUGAUGAUGCCAACUUAGUCCUCGCCAAAUAUGGACAGUAUUUGUACAAGAAUUUGAUUAUUUUUGCUCCUUCUGUAAUCGAGUUUGGAGGACAAAUCGAUUCAGAAGCUAUCACUAAAUUCAUCGAUGAUGGUGGUAAUCUUCUUAUGGCCGGCAAUUCUGUAGCCGGUGAUGUAUACAGAGAGAUAGCUUCUGAAUGUGGAUUUGAGAUGGAUGAAGAGUCUGCAGCUGUUAUAGAUCACUUCAACUACGAUGCCAGUGACGAUGGUGAACACACUAGGAUUGUUGUAUCUCCUAAGAAUAUGAUCAACUCUCCUACUAUUGUUGGAUCACAGAACUUACAACCUCUACUCUUUGAAGGCACAGGGCUUAUCUUGGAUAAAGAUAAUAAUUUGGUUUUGCCAAUCCUCACUGCAGAUAGUACCGCCUACAGCUAUAAUCCUAAGAGCCAGGUCAAGGAAUACCCCCAUGCUGUAGGACGAAAGACAGUGCUGAUUGCUGCACUUCAAGCCAGAAACAAUGCCAGAAUUGUUUUCAGUGGCUCACUGUUCUUUUUCUCUGAUGAGGCCUUUAACUCCCCUAUUUCUAAAGUGCAUGGAGAUAAAGUAAAAGCCAACAAGUCUGGUAACAAGGAGCUAGCAAUACAUCUCAGCCAAUGGGCGUUUGGUGAGCGUGGUAGGCUGCGCGUCCGCAAUGUGCACCAUCACCGCAAGGGUGAAAAAGAAUCUUCCAACACAUACACCAUCACAGACACAGUGGUCUACAGAAUUGAAAUAGAAGAGUUGAAGAAUGGCAAAUGGCAACCAUUUGAUGCCAAUGAUGUGCAACUUGAGUUUGUUCGCAUUGAUCCUUUUGUCCGCAUCACACUCAAAAAGCAACCAAAUGGUGCAUAUGAAGCUGUGUUUAAGGUGCCUGACGUGUGGGGUGUCUACCAGUUCAAGGUUGAUUAUGACAGAGUUGGCUACACCAGACUAUAUCAUUCCACACAGGUGUCUGUGCGGCCGCUGCAGCAUACGCAGUAUGAACGAUUCAUCCCAAGUGCUUAUCCCUACUAUGUGAGUGCUUUCUCGAUGAUGUUGGGCGUGUUCCUGUUUUCCUUCGUUUUCCUCUACUAUAAGGAAGAUCCGCCAAAGACAAAGAGUGAAUAGGUAGUUUCAUAAGGUUAUAUAAAGUUUGAUUGAUAUUCAUAAUACAAUGCAUUGUGUGUAAGAAUGUCUGUAUCUUUUCUUAAUAAAUUUACCGUCUAAUAAAU